GCGAUUCAGGAAAGCAGCCGGAUUUUUUUUCCUUUUGCUGGGAGCCUUGGAUUAGCAAUAUAAUCAGCCAGUUCUUGCGUGAACACUGAGCAUGGCGAGCGGCGGCGGCUACUACUCGCCGUACUACCAGCCGGCGCCGUACUACUACAACUACCCGCAGCAGCGGCGGCGGCUGCGAGGCGGCGGCGGCGCGCAGGCGUCGGUGUGCGCCUUCAUCCUCAUCGCGACGGUCUCCCUCAUCGCGGGCGCCACGUUGUACGGGUGGUGCGAGUCGGCGGUGGGGAGCCUGCUCGACCUGCUCCGGCGCCUCCUCAUCCUCUCCCCGCUGCUGCUCAUCGUCGCCGUGCAGCUCUGGGUGGCGGCCGGCGGCGGCGGCGGCGGAGGAGGGGGCGGCGUCAUGUGCGUCCUCGCGGAGAUGGUAGCGGGGGACCACAGGCCGCAGCAGUACUACGGGUACGGCGUCGGCGGCGCGGGCUCGUCGCCAUGGGGCGUGGCGCUGGCGCUGAUGCUCGUGCUCUUCUUGGUCUCGUACCAUUCGUCGUUCCAGGAGAGGUGGUUUCCUCUGUUUGGCCGGUGAAAGCUUGCUAAGGAAUCCGGCUGCUAUGGUAUAGUACAUAAGUACAAGAUCAGCUUGCAUUUUUAUCUCUACGCUGUUAUGGUAGCAAGAAAUUAAUGCACAUCUUUAUUUUUAGAAUUGUAAGAUCAAGCAGCCAUGUACUUUAAUUUGUUGACUAUAAACGCUAGACAUUUAUAAUUAUGACUUGGGACAACAUCGAGAUGUGGUAUUUCUAACAAGGAACUUAAU